AUGAAGGUGCUAAUGGUGGCUGAGAAGCCGAUUCUGGCCGAAGCCAUUGGUAAGAUACUGUCAGAUGGACACUUCAAGAACAGAAAAGGUAAAAACGGAAUAUGCCCGGUCAUUGAAUACACCGGAAACUUUAUGGGAAGGUCGGCAGAGUUCAAGGUGACAAGUACUUGUGGUCAUGUAAUGGGUAUCGACUUUCCUGCUAAGUACAACAACUGGAGCAGAACAGACCCAGCGCAACUAUUCGAUUGUCAGACAGAAAGAAAUGAAGCCAAUCCAAAAAUGAAGAUGGUCAUGGUGAGAAAUUAUCUAAAUAUUGUGGUUCCAUCGUAAUGUUUUAAUCAAUAUAACAUAUGUCCUGUCAUGACAUUGUUAAAUACUUUCAGCACUUAUCCACGGAAGCCAAAGGCUGUGAUUACCUUGUCCUAUGGCUGGAUUGUGACAAAGAAGGCGAAAACAUUUGUUUUGAGGUAAUCGAUGCCUGUAAAGACAAGCUGAAAUUCUCGGGUGACAUCAUGAACAAUGUGUACCGCGCCAAGUUCUCUGCCAUUUCAAACGAGGAGAUAAAGUCAGCAAUGAGGAAUCUGGGGAAGCCGAAUCUGAACGAAUCGUUAUCAGUUGAUGCCAGACAAGAACUUGACCUUAGGGUCGGGUGUGCUUUCACACGCUUUCAGACUUGCUACUUCCAGGUAUGUGUAUUUGGUUUUACUUUCUUUGAAUAUCUCGUUUUAAGUCUCCAAACCUUAAGAUAUGCUAAUAUAACUUUACGGAAAGUAAUUGAUGACAAGUUUUCAAAUUUUAAAUUCAGGACAAAUAUGGAGAUUUGGACUCGACAUUGAUCUCUUUUGGACCUUGUCAGACUCCAACAUUGGCAUUUUGUGUUCAGCGACACGACUUGAUUACCCAAUUCAAACCUGAGACUUACUAUGUUUUAAAGGUAACAAUACUACUUUAAAACGUUACAUUAUAGUCAGUUUGACAGCGUUAACGGCUACUUUUAUGAUUGUGAAAUUAUGUUGUUAUAGGCCAUUGCUGAGAACAACGGAAAACUUCUGAGUCUGGACUGGAACCGAGAACGAGUGUUUGACGAAGAAGUCGCUCAGAUGUUGCUGAGUAGGGUGAAGUCAGGCCAACACUUUGUUGUGGAGGAAAUCUCACGGAAAGAAGGCCGAAAAGAGAAGCCGGCUGCCUUGAACACAGUAGAGUUGCUGAGGGUAUGUUCGGCCAAACUGGGUAUAUCUCCAGCACAAGCCAUGUCGACGGCCGAACACUUGUAUACGAGAGGAUACAUAAGUUAUCCACGUACUGAGACUACAGCGUACCCAAGCUCUUUCAACUUCAACGGUACCUUACAACAACAAGUCAAUGGUCAGUUUGGAGAGCUGGCUUCGAGAGUGUUGAGUGAUGGGAUUGCGAAGCCGAAAGGAGGAGAAGACAAAGGCGAUCAUCCUCCAAUCACACCCAUGAGAGGCAACGAUGGAGGUAUCAGUGGAGGUGAGUUGAGGUUGUUUAUGUGUUUUAUCUAAUGUUAUAUUUAAUCAUUGUUGCGAUAAAUUGUAGAUGGCCUGAGGGUGUACAACUAUGUGGUACAACAUUUCAUGGCUACGGUAAUGAAACCUUGCAAGUACAUGACCGAAACUUUGAAGUAUGUUUUUGGAUCGUAUUUUAGUCGAAAAACCGCCAAAAAAUAAAAUUUCAAAAUUUGAUGUUGAAAUACUAACACGCGGACGCAGCUUGCAGUCUUGCAGGCUGCAAAAAUGUUAUACGAUGAAGGCAUAAAUUAUCAUCUGAAGUGGCAUAGUGUGCAUUUUUAGGCUUUCAAUAUCGACAGAGCAGUUUUCUAUUCAGUCCAAGAAAGUGAUUGAUCCUGGAUUCACUGAGGCUAUGUCAUGGUUGGCAGUCACCGAAAGCGAAAGUUUGGGAAACUUUACCAAAGGCGACAAACUGGGAUUACGGUAUGUUACAGUAGACUGAAAUAACAGAGAUUCAGGGAAGUGAGUAUCGUGCAGAAAGAAACGUCUCCACCUGGAUAUCUGACAGAAGCCGAGCUGAUCACGUUGAUGGAGAAGUAUGGUAUUGGCACAGACGCUUCCAUCCCAGUCCACGUCAACAACAUAUGUCAGAGGAACUAUGUGACAAUUGGGAACAACAGGACUUUGAUACCUACAAAGCUGGGUAUAGCGCUGAUUCGAGGCUAUCAACAAAUCGAUCCUGAGCUGAUUCAGCCUACCAUGAGGUCGGAUGUGGAGACCCAGCUGAACUACAUUGCUAAAGGACAGGCUGACUAUGUUACUGUAGGUUAUUUUGGCGUUGAAUUUUACGUUUUCUUGCAACUGUUGACAUGUAUUUGAUAUUAUUGGAUAUUAAGGUGUCUUUUUAGGUAAAAGAACACGUCCUGAGCAUGUUCAGACUCAAGUUCAUGUACUUUGUGGAGAACAUCAGUCAGGUUGAUGAGCUCUUCGAAGGUACGUUUAUUGUUGUAUAUCAGCCAUGUUACAAGUUUAGAAUGUUGCAUUACUUUUAGGUUUUAUUCUAUGCAUUAUUAUUAUGUAAAAUCAUUUUCAGCUUCAUUCACAACUCUGGCUAACUGUGGAAAGCCUUUGAGCAGAUGCGGGAUGUGUCGACGUUUCAUGAAACUGGUCGAUUCACGACCACAACGACUGUUCUGUCCCAAUUGCAAUGACACAUACGCCUUACCGAGCGGUAAAAAUUCUCAGAUCCGAUUGAACCAAGAAAAGAAGUGUCCGUUGGAUGACUUCGAGUUACUGUACUUUCACGUCCCCGGAGGCAAGUUGUCGGAUACGUACGCCUUCUGUCCAUAUUGCUACAACUACCCGCCUUUUGAAGGCAUGAAGAAGGGCGAUGCAUGCAACAACUGCUACCAUCCUUCUUGUCCUAACUCUGCGAUGUGAGUACUACUUCACUAUAAGGGUUGAAUGUUAGGUUUUGCAUCUUUAAUGAAUAUUAUUAUACUUAUUAUAUACAUUUUUGGAAAUAUUGAUUGAUUUUAGUACACAAGGAGUGUCUCAAUGUCUAAACGACUGUAAUGGAGGUACGGGGGUUUUGGUACUAGACCCUCAAAGUGGCCCCAAAUGGAGAUUGAGUUGUAAUAAGUGCCCAGCAGUAGUGGGGCUCUUCGAAGGAUCUCACAAAGUCAAAGUUCUUGAACAGAAGUGUGAUUUCUGUGGAGCUCUCCAAGUGGCGGCCGAGUAUAAGGUACAUUCUUACUGUAACUUUACCGUUUUUGGUUUAAAAUUUAAAAAUAAUCAUUUAAAUUUUGAUGACAUUUCUAAUGUAAUACAUGUUUAGGAAGGCAAGUCCAAGCUACCAGACGGAUCUCUCAAGUAUUCUGGAUGCGUCUUCUGUGACUUUGAAAAGAAGGAGCUGAACGAGGACUGUUUGAACCUUAAUCAUGCCCACUUCAAUCAACAAGUCCAGCUUGGAGGUCGACCUCAUCGUGGUCGAGGUGGAGGUCGAGGCAGAGGAAGAGGUGGCAGGUCUCGUGGAGUUACAAAACGAGGACGACGGUGA